AUGGCAAAUAUUGAAGAUAUAGAAAAACAAAUUGAAAAUAUAAAAAUCAAUUCAGAUGAUAAUGAGAAUUUUGUUUCUAAGAAUAAAAAUAGUUUAUUAAAUGGAGUAAAUUUGGAAGAUAAUGAAAUAAGAAAUAAUGAUAAAUCUGUUGAUUAUAAUAAUAAUAAUGAAAAUGAUACUAUGAAUGAAAAAAAUAAACAUGUUAAUAAUAAUGAAUAUUCUAAUAAAGAAAAUAGUAAUAAUAAUAAUUUAGAUGAACAGAUAAUAAAUGAGACUUUAAAUUUAAAUGAAAAGGUUGAAAAAAAAAAUGAAGAAAAUUUGUGUAGUGGAUGUAAAAAAGUAUUAAUUAAAAAAUUAAGUUGCCCUAUAUGUUUAAAAAAUAAAAUAUUUAGUUAUUUUUGUAAUCAAGAAUGUUUUAAAAGUUCAUGGAAAGAACAUCAAAAGAUACAUGAAAAUAUGAAUAAGGAAGAUAAUGAUAAAGAAGAUCAUAAGAAGACUAUAGUUAAAAAACAUUUAUCACCAGAAAAUUUUGAUCCUACUAAUAGAAAAUAUUGGGCUUAUGAUGACCAUUUAAAAAAUUUUGUUAAUUUUAAAUUUACAGGAGAUGUACGACCAUGGCCUUUAUCUAAAAUUAAUCAUGUACCCUCACAUAUUGAGCGACCUGAUUAUGCAAUUAGUUCUAUUCCAGAAUCGGAAUUAAUAUAUAAGAGAAAAAGUGAUAUAUAUGUAAAUAAUGAAGAAGAAAUACAAAGAAUUAGAGAAGCUUGCAUAUUAGGAAGAAAAACUUUAGACUAUGCUCAUUCAUUAGUUUCACCUGGAAUUACAACUGAUGAGAUAGAUAAGAAAGUUCACGAAUUUAUAAUUGAAAAUAAUGCAUAUCCAUCAACUUUAAAUUAUUAUAAAUUUCCAAAAUCAUGUUGUACUUCUGUGAAUGAAAUUGUAUGUCAUGGGAUACCAGACUAUAGACCAUUGAAAUCGGGUGAUAUAAUAAAUAUUGAUAUUAGUGUUUUUUAUAAAGGUGUACAUUCAGAUUUAAAUGAAACUUAUUUUGUUGGAGAUAUAAAUGAUGUACCAAAAGAAGGUAAAGAAUUAGUAGAGACUUGUUAUUUUUCUUUAAUGGAAGCAAUUAAAAAAUGUAAACCUGGAAUGUUUUAUAAAAAUAUUGGAACUUUAAUAGAUGCAUAUGUAUCAAAAAAAAACUUUUCAGUUGUUCGUUCGUAUUCAGGACAUGGUGUUGGAAAACUAUUUCACAGUAAUCCAACCAUACCUCAUUUUAAAAAAAAUAAAGCAGUAGGUAUAAUGAAACCUGGUCAUAUUUUUACUAUUGAACCUAUGAUUAAUCAAGGACACUAUAGUGAUGUAUUGUGGCCAGAUCAAUGGACAAGUGCAACGUCAGAUGGAAAAUUGUCAGCUCAGUUUGAACACACUUUAUUAAUUACUAACAACGGGGUAGAAAUUUUGACAAAGCGAACUCAAGAUUCACCUCCACUUGGUUUUGAUACAAAAGAUGAACUAUAUUAUAAUUAA